AUGAGCAGCAUGGCGAGUAACAUGGCUCGCAGCAAUUGGCGGACUCUUGAUGCGAGACCAACGGAUAGGAGACAGCCACUGGCCUCGCCAAGUCCCCGUGGCUGCACGGUAGUCGAAUCAGAAGAGGAUAAGCAGAGAAUCCUUCCGCAACAAUCUGACCGCGAUGAGGCUUUGACUUACGAGAAUCCUGCAUUGCUUGCUAUAGAAAGAUUUUGCGCAUUGGAGGUGAAGUCGUGGGAGGGGGGGCGCAGGGGUGAAUCAUACGCGGUUUACCGCGAGCGACCCAUUUCGCUCCCAAUAUAA